CGCAAGGAGUCCUCAAGUUGUUGAUGGACGGCGUAGGUUCCAUAACUCAACCUAAUCCUUCUCAAUAUGCUCCUCGAGUAGUUUAUGACGGAGGCGUCGCUCUGAGAAUAGAUGGAGGAUCGAGUUUGGGAAUGGUUGUAUUGGACUUUGCAACCAACAAAGCUAUAGAAAGAGCAACUGAAUUAGGUUUGGCUAUGGUUGGCGUAUUUCAUUCUUGUUCAAGUACGGGUGCUUUGGGUUAUUAUGUGGAGAAGAUUGCAUCCAAAGGUCUGGUUGGAAUAGUUUCUAGUGGCAGUACUCCUACUGUAGCAGCCUUUGGUUCGGCUGAAAAAAACUUUGGUACUAAUCCUUUAGCUUAUGCUAUUCCUGGUUCACAGGAACCUUGUGUUGUUUAUGAUGCCAGUACUUCGGCAAUGUCCUUUUGGGGAGUGAAAAUGUAUGAAAUGGAGAAUAGACCGUUACCAGAAAAUGUUGCUUUGGAUAGUCAUGGAAGAACAACCACGGAUGCUUCUUUGGUUCAUGUCUUGAAAACCUUUGGAGGAGCCAAAGGUUCUGGAAUAUCGUUAUUAUUAGAGUUUCUGAAUGGAGCAUUGUUUUAUAUUGGCUUUUCAACCUGAUAUAUUUCAUAUGGGAAAAGAACAAGUAGA